CGUGAGACUUCGUCACCCCAGCGGGAAGACCGCAAACGACUCACUAAUGAGGUAUCUACCAAGAUAUAGGUAGCAUCUUCUGGGCGUCGAGAACUAAAGCCUUUUAACCACGCAUCUUCUCACUUUUGAUUCUAUGGAUCUGGUCCUGCUGAUAAAUGACUUGAAGAAGGGGAAUUUCUUCCAGAACAGAACAACAUAAAUCCAGGAGCUGCAAUCUGUUCCUUGACCCAUUAGCAACCGUCAUAAGUGCUUAAGAUACCUACCCAAGUAAUCGCAGGAUUUGAAUGUGAAACAUGACUACGACUACGGUGACCGGCAUCGGAAGGCGCUCAUCCAUACGACAGCCAGAAAUUCAACAGCCAGCAAAAGCACCCAAUUCUCAGUCGGUGACGAGCCCGAUAGAUCAAUUUCCACCAUUUGACGAGGGCCUCUACCAAAAGACAACAGAGUCGGGAGAGCCCAAGUCGAAUCCCACAUCAAAACAUGAGCUGAGUGAUCAUUGGCAGCCGCGAAAGGCAGGCUAUCUGCCUCGAGACUAUACCAAAGCACCAAUCCGACCUCCGAAACACAAGUCGAGAAAAAGCAUUAGUGAAGCAAUUACCACGAUUAGAACACGCAACGCCAGCGUUAGUGCCAAUGCUCAGGAAUUGGCUCAAGCGCUGCGAGCGCCGGUCUCGUAUCGAUUAAUAAUACUUUGCCUUAUAUGGUAUAUGACCUCUGCUACUACGAACACUUCUUCCAAAUCCAUUUUGAAUGCUCUUCCCAAACCGAUUACUCUCACGGUCGUACAGUUUGCAUUUGUCUCAAUAUGGUGUCUAUUGUUGGCAUAUCUGUCGGCGAUCUUCCCCUGGCUAAAGAACAAUGUUCCGGCUCUCAGGAAUGGCAUACGCUACCCAUCCCGCGAUGUUAUCCUCAAUGGCUACUUCUCAGAUACCAGUAUCACUGGUACACACCAUCAAAGGCCUCUCGCCCUUUUUACCGUUUUAGCAUAUCGAGUGUUCUUUCGCAUUCGAUAUGCCAAAGCCACUUAUCUAUCUCUUGUUCCGUUGACCCUAGGUGUCAUGCUCGCCUGUUCUACUGGGUUUUCGACAAAUUUCUUUGGCAUCCUUUGCGCAUUACUAGCGGCAUUGGUUUUCGUCUCUCAAAAUAUCUUUUCUAAAAAGCUGUUCAACGAAGCUUCCCGCGCAGAGUCGGAACCUCAGGCAAGCGGUCGAAAGAAGUUGGACAAACUAAAUCUCCUCUGUUAUUGCUCCGGCCUCGCCUUCAUCCUCACGUUGCCAAUUUGGUUUAUCAGCGAAGGUUAUCGAUUGAUCUCAGAUCUCAUGCAAGAUGGUGCCAUCUCUUUAGCAGAGAAAGACAACUCUUUGGAUCACGGUGCGCUCUUCGUGGAAUUCGUAUUCAACGGGAUCUCACACUUUGCGCAAAAUAUUCUGGCGUUUGUUCUGCUAUCAAUGAUAUCCCCAGUGUCUUAUUCCGUUGCUUCUCUGGUCAAGAGAGUCUUCGUCAUCGUCGUUGCGAUCGUAUGGUUUGGCAGCUCCACAACUAGUUUACAAGCUUUCGGUAUCGCACUCACCUUCGUUGGGCUGUAUCUCUAUGAUCGCAAUAGUCAUGACGAUGUGGCAGACCGAAGAGCAAACGCCGAUCAUUUUCGCACCAAAGAAACCAUUCUUCCCUUAAGUGUUCAAACAAAGAGAACGUGGGAUUCGAAUGGCUACGCCUUUCCGCCUUCGAGAACCGGUGAAACUCACUUUAUGGACAGCUCUGCUGCUUUGGCAGCGAACUCGAAAAAAGAAGACGGCGCAUUCGAUCAUGUUCGGCCGAGGGGAAGUAGCACGUCCAGGACAUGGCUACCACCUGGUACAAAACAAGAGUCAACUUGGCAAUCAGGCGACGCGUAGUAGCAUGCGAAAUGUACAUUAUAGAUCAUGGAUAUGUUUUUGUUUUUUCAUCGAUGUGUAGUUUUUGAUUGCACAUAAUCCG